GCUACCUGAGCAGCAUGGCAACAACAAACAGUAUAGUCUGGUUCUCCUUCCCUCCUGCCUCCUUUCUCCUCAGACCUCACUCGGCCGGCUCUGUGCAACAAUGCUCAGCCUGUUCCGACUACCUCGAAGUUUAACUAUCAACCAGGUGCCCAAAGUAUUCCAUGAAGACAGCAUCAUCUCCGGCUACCGCCACCCCUGUAGCUCUGCCACCGACUGCAUCCUCAGCCUCUUCCAGCUGACCAAUGAGACACUCAACAUCUGGACCCACUUUCUGCCCACCUGGUACUUCCUGUACAAGCUGGUGACGGUGGUGCUGAUGAACACGGCGUGGCAUGAUUCCUUCUCCUGGCCCCUGCUGGUAUUCCUGGCGUCAUGCUGCACAUACCCACUGGCCUCCAGCUGUGCCCACACCUUCAGCACCAUGUCAGCCCGGGCGCGGCACAUCUGCUUCUUCUUCGACUACGGCGCCCUCAGUCUAUACAGCCUGGGGUCAGCGAUCACGUACUCUGCAUACGUAUUCCCCGACAAGUGGGUGAACAGCAUCUUCCACCAGAGCUACGUCACUGUAGCAGUGGUCAACACACUUGUCUGCACCACCAUGGCCUGCUACUCAAGGCUUGGUGUACCAUUUCUACAAUAUAAUCAUGAGACAUUAAAGAGAUUUCCAGAGGUCAAAACUCCAAAGUUAGCGAAGGCACUCCGCAUCCUUGCCUUUGCCUACCCUUACCUGUUCGACAACAUUCCUCUUUUUUAUAGGGUAUUUCUUUGUACGGGCGAGGGCUGUACGGACAACGGCGCAAACAUUCUCCACUACUACCACAUUGCCCUAGCCUUCCUCACAGCCUUCCUGUUUGCCACACAUCUGCCUGAGCGCCUUGCCCCUGGAAGCUUCGACUACAUAGGUCACAGCCAUCAACUGUUCCACGUGUGCAGCAUCAUGGGCACUCACUUCCAGAUGGAGGCCAUAGAGCAGGACAUGGCCUCACGUCGUCACUGGCUUCUCACACACUCCUUACCCAUCAGCUUUGCCAAUACGCUGGGCGUGGCACUGCUAAGUCUGGUGCUGAAUCUAACCGUUAUUACACUCUUCAGUCUACCUCUCCUCUUUCCCUCGUUCAGCCUGAAGAGAAAAACCAAGUAAUCUGCAAAUCACGGAAACCUCUGAGAUGUGGCAAAAAAAACAACAACACGCAACAAGAUCUCAAAAUGACAUUCUAGAUACACAGGAGUAUUUAAGGACAAUUUUAUGUUUUUUUGUGAAUAUAGGUCAAGAGAUAUAGUUCAUGGUCCUGAGGAUAUCCAUAACCGUGAUUGAAGCUCCUUGACUUUAAAUGUGUUUAUGAUAAGGUGGAUGAUGUGCACUUUCCCGUUUGUUUCCUAGAAUCAAAUCACUUAUUGAAUAGGAAAAUGUUAAAUGUUGCAAACGUAAAUGGGAUAGAAUUGUUCUGGCUUAGCAGGUCAGACACCAAUGAGAAUUAGAUAAUGAAGGGAUAAAUAAAUGGAAGGAGCAAUUUGCCAUUGUGCGGAUAAAAAGUAAAAAGUCUCUUUGGAACUUUGUGGCUAGAGAAUGCUAUGAAAUAGCAAUCCACCUUGUAUCAUAAUGUAGUGUUUGUUACUGCUUGUUUUCUAUCUUUCUCUGAUUUCCCAACAUUUAGUGUAUGAUGAGAGUAUGAUGAGAUAGCAUUGCUCCAAAGGGAAUUGGUGACAAUGCAAAAUGAUAUCUUAUCAUAUAUGCAACACGUAAAUAUUAUUGUUUUCUUUAAAUACACUGUAUUGGAUUUAUAGAAGAUUUUUUAAUGUUUUUCAAACAAAUGUUGUUGAAGAAGGAAUAUGAAGUCAAAAGUUUACAAACCCUUGGCUAUGUGGCUAAAUUAAAGCAACACAUAAGAACCCCCAGGCAGUACUGUGCCAGUGUUGAUUUGCUAGCUGUCUCUUUUAUAUUCAAUGGGUAUAACAUUUACUAUUUUAAGAUAAAUAUAGCAUCUACAAAGGAUACCACAUUUUUAUCCCACUUUAUGACUGCAGAUAAAUGGAGAGUAUUUACAAUGUAUUUUAUUUAUAUUCUUAAAUAAACAUUGAUGAUAUAACGUUACA